AUGAACGAGCCAGCACUUCUGGAAACGUACCGGAAAGCCAGACGAACCGCAAUACUAUCGAUUCUGUUGGUCACCAUUUCCGGCUUGCUGCUCAUCUCGGCGCUUCCUGUAUUUAUUUUUCUGCAGCAAUUUUCUAGAAAUGAUCUCGACUUUAAUCUACGCAAAUGCCGUAUCGAUGUGUUUGUGCUGUGGAAUGAGUACGAGCAGUUAACCAAAUACCUAGCAGUUCAGCCCCGUCUGAAACGGGAUGUUAUUUCAAAUGAUGGCACUGUCGGGCCGGUGUAUACGUACGGAUAUCCUUACGGCUUCGCGGCCGCCUACGGUAGCCAAGUCCUUUAUGGGACGAGACUGAAUGCGAAUACUUUUAACGAAGAGCCCCCACCACCACCGCGUCCCAGUGACGUUGAAGUGGAAGAGAUGCGGAAACGGACCCGGAAACAUGUUCAGCACGUCCAUAGCAGCAGGAGGAGACCCAAGCACCACAUAAAACAUUCGCAAAGUCGACGCACUGGUUCGGAGCCUAGGCCUGGGCAUUAUCAACCACAUACCUUGCCUGCUGCUGCAUUGGUCGGAAGUCACCAGGAACCGGCUUUUCCUCAGCCUCUUCCCGCCUUGCCCGUUUCGGCGAUCCCUGAACAAAACGGAUUCCGGGUGGAGGACAAACGAUACAAGAUACAUUACAUAACAACACCAACGCGGGAGCAGAUCAGCAACGGGAUCAGGGUCAAGGAGCGGCAAGCCGACACCCCGGUCCCAGAAGCGUCCAACAGCUACAACCCCCGGCAGCAGUACGAGCAGCUGAUGACGUUGGAGCAGCUGAAGGCUCAAAAGACCAUCGCUAGCAGGAAGACAGCCAGUGAUUAUGACGAUUUAUGGCAAGAAACUGCCACCACCAGAGCUCCACCAUCUUUCAGUCCAAACCGCGACGCUUAUGUGCUCCCGCCGACUCCUGCGACACCCCGACAGCCUAUGCCACAACUGGCUGUCCCCUGGCAGAACCCAAUCUUCGCCGGCUCGUGGCCAGAUCGAGGUCAGCAACCGAUUCCGGCCAUACCGUAUGCCCCAGUGGAGGAACAGUGUUGUCAGGGACUACCGGGUGAUCCUGGGCCGCCUGGUGAUGAUGGGGAGCCUGGUAUCGAUGGAAUGCCAGGGGAAGAAGGCCAACCCGGCAAUGAUGGUCAGGAGUUUGAGGUCAACCCGGAAAAUCCGGAAAUCGGGGUGAAGCCGGCCAGGAUGGGCCUCCGGGAAUACCCGGUAAAUCAAAGAAAGGAGCCAAGGGACUACAGGGUCCCGCCGGUGUUCCCGGAAGGACGGGACGCAAAGGAGAAGUUGGGCAAGCUGGGAAGUUGGUCUAUCAAGAAGGCCCAUCGGGGCCGGUCGGACCUCCAGGGAAGCAGGGGCCACCUGGGAAUCCGGGAGAAGACGGUCCUGGCGGGAAAGCUACAGAUGGUCCACCGGGAGAGAAGGGCGGUCCGGGAAGUGCUGGAGUUCCUGGGAUACCUGGGAUACCCGGUCGGCCAGGCCCUACUGGGAACCCUGGUCCGUCAGGCGGUUGCACCCACUGUUCUGCUCACACCAAGACCCCAUAUCAGCCAUAUCGACACCGGCAGCACCGGAAGCAAUAAAUAUCUAUUUGAACAAGCUCUUCGUCCCACCGUGAGAACCUCACGAUUCUCACUACCUGCCCUCUAUGCUAAAGAUCAGCAAUCAGGAGGGAAACUAAAAUCUUUC